AUGGUUUUUAUUGUGAUCCGACUAGUUGGUGAAGCAGAAGAUCGCUUGUUCAAGAACGUUGUUGUAGAGCAACAGGUUUGAACAUUGAUCAUUGCCUUUAUCUACAUAAAUUCUGUUUUAUUUAUAGAUUUCGCGUGUUGAUUUGGUGAAGCUGAUUCAGGAUGUCACUCAGAUUCCCGUCAUUUUUCAACAGAUUAAGUUAUGUGGUCAAGAAUUGCCCGAUUCUCUAAAUCCUUUAGAGUCGAUCAAGGAUUUUGAAGAAAUCGAAGUGGUAAGCUGAAUUUUUAUAUUUUUAUUUGAUUAAUUGACUGAUUUCAGUGCCAUACUAUGUUGGUAAAUUGGCGGACAUACAUCCAGAUGAUAAGUGAAAUCAAACGAUUGACCACAUCGGGUGUUACGGCCGGAAGAAGGGAGAUUGCUCUUAAGGCUCGUAUUCAGCUGUCCCCACUCCAAUCGUCAAAAUUCUUUGCUGUGUAUCCCAGUUUCGCAAUCGAAGAAAUGAACAUCGGCAAGAGUGUGAAUUUUCUGAUUCAUAACACCAAGAAGUAUCUUCACCGAUCUGUUUCGGCAUAUUUUGAAGCAGCAUAUCCGGAAAAAACGGUGGAACUUAAGGACAAAUCUGAAGAGUUUGCAGGGAUCCAUGUAUGUAAUUAUUGCUUAUUAUCUUUUAUUUUUACGCAUUUUUAGCUCGGAGUCUUUGUGUUCAUCGAUCAUGAGCCCUCUUACUAUGCGAAAACUCUUGGAAGUAUUCCGGGACCUGACGAGGAGUCCGACUUCCCAAACUGCCCAAAAAUCGACCUGAUGGAAAUUUAUGUUUACUUCCUCCUCAAAUUAAUUGGUGUGGGACCGGUGGAAGUUCAUGUGAUACCAGAUAUUACCAAAUCUGAUCUGGUCUUCAUGGCAACUAAAUUAGGUGGGCAUCAGUUUGAUUUUUAAUUUUAUAUCUGACAAUUUAGUUGACGGAUUUCGAACGGCUUCGGGAAUCUCAGCUUCUGAAAUAAUAGCGAGUACUUCUUCUGAAGGUGAUAUUUAGAUUGUUAUACAUGAAUCUAAUUUAUUUUUAGUGAUCGGACCAGUCUACAUCGAUACGGAAAUGAGAAAUCAGAUGAAGAUCUUGUCUUCCCUACUUUGUUUAAGCGAUCUGCAAAGGAACAAGGGUAAUCAUGGAGUGGUAGAGCAACAAACCACUGAACUCGAAAAGAAGGAAGACAAACAUUGUUCUACUCGUGAAUUGAGAAUUAUUGACUUUAGGGUAAUUUUUUUAUAUUUUUGUGCAACUGUUUAUAUAUUUUUUGUUAUUUCAGAUCAACCUUGGCAUGAUCGACAGCGAACCCAGCAUUCUGAACUCUUCCUUUGAUAUCGCUUAUUUGAAUACUUAUUUUGCAAA